CUAUCUGUGGCCAUAAAAACUAAAUUACGAAAUUACAAUAUUUACAAUGGCUUAUGACUUAAAACAAGAAGAUGAAGUGAAGGAAUACAUUGAGAACCUUGGGGUCGAAUACCGUUUCGGUUGCUACAAAGAGAAAAAACCAGAAGUAUGCCAUUUGUUGGGAGAUUACUUGGAGGCGAUCAAAAAAGAUUUUGAUAAAGCGGCUAAAGUUUUUAAAAGCAAUUGCGUUGACUAUAAGUUCGGGAAAUCAUGUUUGAAAUACGGGAAUUACUGUCUAGUGGGGAGGGGGAAGGAGAAAGGGGACCCCGCAGAGGCCCUAACCUAUUUCGAGAAAGGUUGCGAACUCGGGGAGCCUUCGGCAUGCCUGCACGCGGGGAUGAUGCUCACCGCCACUGGACCCAAUGUUUCCAUAAAACGAGAUGUUCCCAAAGGUUACAAUUAUCUAAAGAAAAGCUGUGAUCAAAAUGACAACAUGGCCUGCCACUACCUCUGCGGCAUGUACAUCAGUGGUGUUCCCAAAAACGUGGCCGAAUACAACCCACACAACCCCGCCAAGAACAAAAACAUAGAAUACCUCAUAAAACCGGAUAUGAAGCAGGCUUUUGAAUUUGCUAAGAAAGCCUGUGAGAAUGGUAACAUGUACGGGUGCGCCAACGUCAGCAUGAUGUACAAAAAGGGAGAUGGAGUUGAAAAGAAUGCCGAUGAAUCUAAGAGGUUCUUCCAGAUUGCACAAGAGUUACAAAAGGCACAUGAGACAACCAAGGAACUUAAGUUCCAACAAGGCUUGGAGAAGUAAAAAUUGUUGGAUAUUGACCUGAUAGCAUUUAAAAUGAGA